UUAUCCUCAUAAUUUUGAAGCUAUUGUAUAUACGGUUCAAUUGUGGGUGACCUAAUACAUGCUUGUUCAAUAACUUCAGUAAUAGUUUUAUUUUAUUUUUGAGUUUAGUAAGAAUUUGGUUUUAGAUAAUGAAGUAUGGACUUCUAAUAAAACCUUAGCUAUUAGAAUCCUAGACGUACAAUUACAUAUUUCUUGUCAAAAUUGCUCUUCCUUCACACACAAAAACACACUUUUUCUCACUUUUCCCAUACGAUAUAAAGAACAGCCAAAUCUCUAACUCACAAUCCACACAAGGCGAUUGCUUCAAGACCCAUUUCUCUCUUCAAUCACACAGUAGAACACAGCAAUGUCAGGCGGCGGAGCAAAGGUGUUGUUGGUGGCGGUGGUUAUUGCCAUGGUGGCGAGCGUAUUCCUUAAAACGGAGAGUGCAGUGACUUGUCAGUUGGUAGUGAGUAGCCUAACUCCAUGCACGAGCUUCCUGAUUAAAGGAGGUCAUGUGCCUAAAGCAUGCUGUAACGGGGUAAAGUCGCUGUAUAAGGACGCAGAUACAGUUACUGAUCGCCAGACAGCCUGUCGAUGCAUGGAACAAGCAGCAUUAAUGCUCCCAGGGAUUAACAUCGAUCAUGCUACUGACUUACCUGGGAAAUGCGACGUUUAUAUCCCUUACGAAAUCAGCCCUCUGUUCAACUGCUCCACUGUACAAUAGAAGUAUGGCUAUAGGUGAAGGAGGACGUAUAACACUAUAGCGUGAUGAAUAAUAACUAACGGCGAAGUUCCAUUAGUCUAAGCUAGCUAGAAUCCACUAGCUAUGUUGUUACUACUUACUAGUAGUGUUUUCUCCUUUAAAACUUGCUUUCUCUAUGAAAAAGUAUAUAUAAAUAUAUAUUCCAUUGUGUUAUAUCGAUUUCCGUUAUUGUGUAUUCUCGAGUUGCAGAAAUCCGUCUUUAUUUCUUUCUUAUCAUAUCCAAAGUAGAUGGAAUCGAUAGCCUAAUCUUCCCUUUAAACAUAA